CCCAGUUCCGCCCAGUUCCACUGAACUGAACUCCCAGACCCGGAGCAGACAGACCAGGACCCGCUCCUCUGUGUGGACCCUCCAGACCCGGCACCGGAAGGCGAGGUGAAUCAUGAGCACCAGCUACAGCGUAACCCUUAUUGGCCCCGCCCCCUGGGGCUUCAGGCUACAGGGAGGGAAGGACUUCUGUCUGCCUCUCACCAUCUCACGGUUGACUGAUGGAGGUAAGGCGGCCAAAGCUAAAAUGAGCAUCGGAGACAUCAUCAUGUCCAUAAAUGGCAUCUCCACUGACAGCAUGAACCACCUGGAGGCCCAGAACAAGAUUAAAGCCUCCUCGGACCAGCUCAGUCUCACUAUGCAGAGACCUUCCACUGCCCCUAAAGACGGAGCACCUAAGGCUGAACCUCAAGAAAUCAUUAAGCCCGUUCCAAUCAAUCACCCUGCAUCAAGCUCCGCCCUCACCAAGCCAUCGAAUCAGUCCAGUCCUGCGUACAACAAGACGGCGCGACCGUUCGGGGGUUCUUCUUCCCCGACUCCCACCCUCGUUGCCCCCAUCCCGUCUGAAUCGUCUGCUUUCACACCGGCUGCCUCUCACGCCUCUCAGCCACCGCAGCCUCCGUUUCCACUGAAGCAGAGCGUCGGCGUCUCAGAAUCAGCACCUUCCGACUCUGCGCCAAAGCCCGGCUCCGCCCGCUCCACCUUCACCUCCACAUCUGCUUCCUCCUCCUCUUCAUCUAGCUCCUCCUCUCCAGCCAGAAUGACAGCCCCUCCCUCCCACCCCAGUGUCCCACAGCCCUCUGUCUAUAACACACCCAUAAACCUCUACUCCAACACCAAUGCCUGCGAGGUGGCUCUGGGACAGAGGAGGGGGCUUCUGGAGAGUCAAGGUCUGUCAGAGCAGUUCAAUGGAACUCCGCCUCCACCUAGACCGAGGAGAAAACCUGUGGCGGAGCCGGACUUGAACCAUGCGUCUCCUCUCAGUGACGCCAGUAAAAAGCGUCUGAUCGAGGACACGGAGGACUGGCAUCCACGGACGGGCACGUCCCAGUCCAGGUCCUUCCGCAUCCUGGCCCAGCUCACCGGCACCGAGGACGAACAAGCUGCAGAUAACGGUGGAAAAAAUGACGAGGACAAAACUACUCCCGCCGUCUACACGUCACCUGCAGCAAAAACAUACUCCAAAUCCGCAGCGGCACCCAGGAAUGGAAACGUGGGUUCCCCUUCCACAUUCAGGAGCCCAGUGUCCCAGAGCAAAACUGGAGUUCCAUCAGGUUUUCCUAAAGGUGGAGCUCUUCCCUCUUUUGGUAAAGUGUCCGCUCCUCCAUCCAAAGUUCCGGACCGCCCCACCCCACAGCCACACCCACAGGACCUGGACUCUCUGGUGCAGAGGGCCGAGCACAUCCCUGCAGGGACCCGGACCCCCAUGUGCAACAAGUGCAACAGCGUCAUCAGGGGGCCGUUCCUGGUGGCCAUGGGCAUGUCCUGGCAUCCAGAGGAGUUCAACUGCUCCCACUGCCACUCCUCCUUGGCAGACCGUGGCUUUGUGGAGGAGCGAGGCCAGGUGUACUGUGAACGCUGCUACGAGGACUUUUUGGCCCCCACCUGCUUCCACUGCCAGCACAAGAUUCUGGGGGAGGUCAUGAAUGCACUGAAGCAGACCUGGCAUGUGUCCUGUUUUGUCUGCGCUGCUUGUCAACAGCCAAUCAGAGGAAACAUGUUCCACAUGGAGGACGGAAAGCCAUACUGUGAAACAGACUACUACCAGCUGUUUGGGACUAACUGCCACGGCUGUGAUUUCCCCAUCGAAGCUGGAGACAAGUUCCUGGAGGCGCUAGGAUUCACCUGGCAUGACACCUGCUUUGUGUGUGCAGUGUGCACUGUCAGUUUGGAAGGUCAGCCAUUCUUCUCCAAAAAAGACAAACCUCUGUGUAAGAAACACGCCCACAGCGUCAACAUCUGAUCCACCCGGACCAGGACUUCAUGGGACCAGGACUUCAUGGGACAAGUCCACCAUGUCGGUUUUACAGCAAAUUAUCUGAUGAUUUGUCUGUUUGUGAAUUCUAUAAGAACAACAUCUGGUCUGAGGCUCCACUAUAAUCAUGAAUUUUUGACAUAGCCUUAUUUUAAUAUGAAAUCUUCAGGUUCUCUAGAGAAUUAUGCAUUUCAGUCCACUGCUAUGCACCUUUACCACUGUCUGUGCUAAUGUACGUGUCAUUAAGUGGAAUACUUAUUGUUAGUGUUGGGUUUUUUCUGCUUUGGGUUGGACGUGUUUUGCUUUUUCACUGACGUUUUGAUUCAGAGGUGGUUGGUUUUAAUCACCCAUUGGUUCCUCACACCAUCAGAUACUCGGAAAAAGUCAUGGUGACAAAUCUCUGCCAUGUGUUACUAAUUAGGGAUGCACAAUAUUUUUUAUUUUUUUUUUUUUACAACCGAUACUGAUAACUUCCUUCUUCUUGUAACCGAUACCGAAAACAAACCAAUAGUUCCCGUCCUUCACAUUCUUUUAUUAUUAUUUAAAGUCAGUUUUAAACUCAGUUAAUAGUAAAUUGGCUGUCAAACUUUCUUUCAGGGGCCACCCAUAUUCAGCCCAGUUUGAUCUCCAGUGGGCCGGACUAGUAAAAUAAUAGCAUAAUAACCUAUAAAUAAUGACAACUCCAAAUUUUUUAGUGCAAAA